AUGCUCUAAGGCAAGGAGAUCUAACCCGACUCCUCCGCCGCUCCCCCACCUCUGCGCCCCUUUCGUCACCACCUUCACUUGGCCGGCCUUUUCGAGGUCGCAUCCCCCAACCCACACUCUGUCUUUAGAUCUACACGGAGACGUAUCGGCGGCGGCUUCUGACCUGAAGCCGAAGCCGAAGCCGAAGCCGCGUCUCCGACGACGGAGGCGGCGGAUCUGGUGUUCCAGUGAUUGCAUCGGCGGAGUAGCGGAGGCGUUGAGGUGGCUGCUGCUGCGGAUGCCCUCCCUGGAGUUGGAUCCGUGUCUUUUAAUUGGUAUGAGCUAUCACUUCCAAGAAUGAUAUGUAGCGGUGGACGGAGCGGAUACGGUUUCUAAUCCGAAGUAUUCCAGGAUUGGAGCAGUAGCCGGACUAUAUUAUACUGUAUAUAGCAGUAAUAAAAAGGCAGUCAGCCUUUGUUCGAUUUCUUGGAUUUUCACCGUUUCAUCAAGAUCGAACCGCGUCCACAACGAUCCAAGGCAGAAUUAGAUCUGUUUUGUUCCCCCUGCCUGACACCCCAACCCCUUUGGGGCCAACGACGAUGGAGGCAGAGGAGGGUGACCGCAUUAGCCUUCUCCCUGACUGCCUGCUGGGCAACAUCGUCUCCCUCCUCCCUGUCAAGAACGCAGCCUGCACCAUGGUUCUCUCCCGCCGCUGGCGACGCAUCUGGCCGUCGGUGCCGCUCGACCUAGACCUUGACGGCAGCAAUAGGAAUCUUGGCUCUGACGGCCAGUCAAUCUUGCGCAUCCUUUCCUCCCACAGCGAUGGGCCUAUCCACCGCUUCCACGCCACCAUCUCCGCGCACAAGGCCACCUCCAGCUGGCUGCAAAUCCUAUCCAACCAGCGCAUCAACGACAGCCUCGUGCUCAAGUUCGUGCCGCAUGCCGCGCACCCGCCGCUCCCUCGCGACCUCCUAAGGUUCAGUGCUAAUGUUCUCCGACAUUUGGAAUUGCAUUGCUGUUGCCUUGACCCUCAACUUGGAGUAACCCUGCCUUUGCAUAGCCUGCAUUAUCUACACUUGUCCAAUGUGGUGAUUCCCGAGACAUCGUUGCACUCUAUGAUCGCCGGCUGUCUAGCCCUGCGGAAGCUACAGCUCUUCAGAGUCCAUAACCUUCGCCGCCUCGUCCCUUGCUCACGUAAUCUCGUCGAGGUGUACAUCAGGCCACACGUCCCACUUGAAAAGGUCUCUUUCAGCGGAACACCUAAUCUUGAAAGCAUUGUGCUCUUAUAUGCGGACAUAUGGCGGCUAUGUCCCGACAUCUUUGUAAAAGAUGCCCUUCCUCCUAAGGUCCGGAAGGUUGCUCUCACACUUCCAAUGCUGCACUCGCCCAACUUUGUGAUUACGCCUAAGAUGUCAGUAUCCAUCAUUACAACACUGAUCCUCAACAUGAAAUUUAGUGAUGGUGAAGAACUGAGGAAGGCUACCAACAUGUUAAGCUUGUUCCCCUGUUUGCAAGUUCUUCAGAUUUGGUGCCUCGCCUUUGAAUGGACGGAUAAACAUGCGUUUGGACAGUGGCAACCAGCAGCUGAUACAAUUAUCUGCCUAAACGAGCAUCUCAAAUAUGUGGAACUUCAUGGGUAUUAUGGAACUAUAGGGGAGGUGCAAUUUGCAAGUUUCCUUAUGGCUGGAGCAAAAGCUCUGAGGGCCAUGCAAAUAUUGCACGGUAGUAAAUUGAGGGAUGAGCGUAUCAACACCAUGAAAAGUUUAAUACUGAAAGGUGGCAAAGCUUCGUCAGAAGCUCAACUUAGCUUUGCAUGGAGGAGCGACAUACCUACUGUUCGACAGGACCUUGAUAGUUACCUGCGCCAAGUUCGUAUUAUUUGAUUGCAGGAAUUGUAUUCCAUACUUUACAGUCUAAACUAGUUAAUUGCACGUAUGUUUCAAUUAAUUCAGUCAUGUUAUACACAAUAACAAUUUUGAAGUGUUUCAGUUCAUAUUGAAGGAAAAGGAUGGUUAAUGA